AUGGCCAUUCCACCGGCCACCGCUGUCAAUGGACACGCAGAGUCACCCUCGUCCUCUUUUCCACCAAACUCGGAAAAAUCCCCGCAACCGCAACCUAAUUCCACCCCGUCCUCGGACCCUGACAUCUUCAACGCCAGCUCCGUCGCCGAAAUCAAAGCUACCCUAUCCCACCUGCACACCCAAGAAGCCAGCGUGACCUCUCGUCUCGACGCCCUCGUCGCUUCCCAAAAAGACUUCUCCCGAGAACUCUCCCGCCUAGACCUGCUCCGUGCCAAUCUCGGCUCCCAAACAACAACAACCCGCUCCAUCCGCCAUGGCAUGCUCUCCUCCGCCGCCGUCACGGCGGACCGCAUCUCGAGUGCCGUCCGACGAUUGGACCUCGAACAGGCUCGUGUCAAGGCAACCCUUGAGGUUGUCGAGCAAGUCGCUGAGUUAAAGGCGUGUGUGCUUGGUGUUUCGGGAUCAAUGGGCGCGCCGCAGGAUUGGGAGACUGCUGCUAGUUACUUGCACCGGGCGGCGCAGAUCCCUGAUGAAGUGGUGAAGGGGGCAUUUGCAGGGGAGAUGGUGCCGACUGCUGAAGUGCCGGACCCGCCGAACGUCACGUUGGAUACAGCUGCGGAGUCGCUGUGUGGGUUGUUUUUGAGGGAGUUCGACAAGGCGGUUAAAGAGGGGAAUGGGGCGAAGAUCACGCGGUUCUUCAAGCUGUUUCCACUUAUUGGGAGGUCGGAGGUUGGAUUGGACGUUUAUGGGCGGUAUGUGUGUCAGGGUGUUGCUGCGCGGGCGCGUGCGAAUUUGAAUGCUGGCACUGGGGGUAGAGAGGGGUUCUUCUAUGCGAAUGCAUUGACCAAGUUGUUCGAGCAUAUUGCGCAAAUUAUCGAUGGCCAUGGUGGAUUGGUUGAGCGGCACUACGGUCCUAGGAAGAUGAACCGCGUUAUUGAACGGUUGCAGCUCGAAGCAGACGUCCAGGGAGGAAUUGUCCUCGAUACCUGGGGCGAUGAACGACAUGUAGAUCGCAAGUUGACGGAUAUCAAAUCCUACGCAUUUACUUUCUUGGUGCAGAGUUUCCUUCCCACUCAGAGGCCGGGUGCACCUCGGUCCCAUUCGCCAGCCCGCGUGGCUACAGGAGGUGAAGACGAAGGCGUGGACAUGAAGGAAAUCGAUGGCCUCCUGAACGAAAUGGGCAUAAUGCUAGGUCGCUGGUCCCUCUACUGCCGCUUCCUAGCAGACGCAUGUAACCCGGAGGAUGAGAAACACACGCUCCCCCAAUUCCUCGCCAACUCCUCCCUUACCAAGAAAAUCACCACCCGCCUCGCAACCCCUUUCAACACAAUGACAACCUUCUUCGUCCGCCGCUCCGUCGAGAAAGCCUUCCAGCUCGACGAAUCCCCAACAGGCCUCACUCUCAACCCCCACAAACCCCUCAAAUCCGACCCUCCUUACAUCACCUCCGCCGUCGACGACAUCAUGUACAUCGUCAACAAAGUCAUCCAACAAACCCUUGCAACCUCGCAAAUCGCCGUCGUCACAAACGUCAUCCCAACACUCGCCCGCAUCCUCGGCUCCGACUUCAUCGGCAUGACACAGCGCAAAAUGCGCGACGAAUGCUACCCCCGCCCUGUCGUCCAGGGCGCCCUCCCCCCAGAGCAAACAGUCCUCUUCUUCCUCGUGCUAAUCAACAACCUCGACAUCGCAGUCGACUACAUCCAGCGCAUCGUCACCAACAACACCGAAGCACGAACGCCACUGCCAUCAACACACUUAAACCCAAACCAACCAGAAGAAACAAUCAGCCAACUAGACUCCCUCUUCCCCGUCCCCGGGGAAGCAAAACAAGCAUCCCAAGCCCUCCAGUCCCUAUCCUCAUCCUUCGAGUCAAAGGUCUCCGACCUCCUCGGCGACGGCAUCCAAGUCAUCUUCAACAACGUAAUCAAGCCGCGCCUACGCCCAAUCCUCGCAGACGCAUUCCGUGACAUCGAAUACCAGCCCGACCACAACGACCCCUCCACCACCCCCGUUCCCAUCGACGACGUCGAGGACGACGACAUGCACACAGGGCCAGGCCCAGGCACAGAACGCCCAACAACACGCUUCACCACGUCUUGGACAGCCCUCCUCACGCCCCUCUCACGGAUCCUAACACCCCCAUCCUUCGACAAAUUACUCUCCGUGACAACGACGUAUCUCUCGCGUCUCCUCGAGAAGAGACUAUGGUCGUAUCAUGGUCGGGUGAACGCGCUCGGCGCGACAAGACUCGAGCGCGAUAUCUCUGGAAUCGUGAAUGCAGCAGUCGACGUCGCGGGGAGCGGUAUCGGCGGAGGACGCUACAAGCACCGGGAGGCAUUUGGGAGAUGUCUGCAGAUGGUUCUUGUUAUGGGGAUGGAUGAGGAGGAGUGGGAGGAUGUGGUUCGGGGCGGGGAGACGGGGGAUGUUGUUGAUCGGUUGAGUGUCGAGGAGAGGGGGAGGGUGAGGGGGAUGGUUAGACGGUUUUGA